AUGACCUAAAAAUAAAUUGAUCAUUAUUCAUUUAAUACAAAAGAUGUUUUAGGAUCAGGUUCAUUUGGAACAGUAUUCAGAGCAAUGGAUCAUAAAAAUUGUAGAUAAGUAGCCUUGAAAAUGAUAUCCAAAGAUAAAUUGUUAAGAGAUCAAAAUGCCAAUAAUGGAGUAAUGAGUGAGAUUAAAAUAAUGAAAAAGUUAAACAAUAAAAAUGUUGUAUAAUUGAUAGAUGUCUUAGAAACAUCUAACAAUUAUUAUAUAAUUUAAGAAAUUUGUGAAUCUGGAGAUUUAGCCAAGUAUUUACUAUGAAAUAAAAAUCAUUUAGGUACUUAAAAAAAAAUUCAUUUGUUCAUGAAUAAUUGGCAUUGAAAAUUAUGACUGAAAUACUAUAAGGUUUUAUAGAAUUAAUAAAAUUUGGAAUCAUUCAUAGAGAUUUAAAACCUGCUAAUAUUUUAAUUCAUUAAGACACUUAUAAAAUUGCUGGUCUGAUAUUUUAUAUAUUCUAGUAGAUUUUGGAUUUGCAAAAACAGUAGAUAAUUAUGCAUAAUAAUUAUUUUACUCAUAAGUAGGUACACCAUUAUAUAUGAGUCCUUAAAUUUUGAAAAAUGAAAAAUAUUCUACAAAAUGUGAUGUUUGGUCAUUUGGUUUUUUAUUUUAUGAAAUUCUUUAUGGAAGAAGUAUAUUUUAUUAAAUAAUUAUAUUAUAGCACCUUGGAUUGCAUCAUCAAUUCCAUAAUUAGUAAAGAAUAUUAAUACACAACCUUUAAAAUUUAAUGAUCAAAUCAAUUAAGUUUCUGAUAAUGUUAAGGAUUUAAUCUCAAAAUGUUUAGUUAUUUAGGAGAGUAAAUAUAUUUUAUUUUUUAUAUUAUAGAUGAUCGAUAUAGUUGGCAUGAUAUCUUUGGUCAUCCUCUAUUUAGUGAUUAAUUUUCAUAAACCCCAAAUCUAUAAUAAAUUUGUGAAGUAUUUUUUUUACCUGAUUAUAAUUAUAAGCAAAAAGAACUUUAUAUUGCAAAUAGUUUACGUGAAAUACUUGGAGCAAAAUAAAUUAGUAUUAACUAGAUUUUAGAAGAAUUAUCUUAAAAUUAAGAUGAUAUUAUUCUUUAAGAGAGUUUGGAAGAAUUAUUAACUGAUAUUGAUACAGAAUUGGAAACUUAUGAAAUUUAAUUCAUAUUUAAUAGCAUUGAUGAAGAUUAAAAUGGAUAAAUUACAUGUCAAGAAUUCUUUAAUUGGAUGAUAAAACAUGAUGUUAUGAAUAAAUUGAAUUAUUCUAGAUUAUUAAUGAUUCUCAAGUUAGAAGGGCAUCAAAUACCAUUUAUGGUCCAUAACAGAUCCAAAAAUAACAACUUGAAAAAAAGAAAGAAUCUAAAACUAUUAUUUAUAAUUUGAUUUCAGCAAUUCAAUAAUUGAAUGAAAAUUUAGUAGAAUUAUUUUACCAAUUUGUUAAAGGAUCUGAAAACAUGAG